CGUCGACUCUCGCGGUACUGCUGCACGAAGAUGGCGGCCGAACUGGUGGAAGCGAUGAACAUGGUCAAAAGUUUCCGGGUCUCAGACCUGCAGACGCUGCUGGCCUCGAUGGGCCGCAGCAAAAGUGGGCUGAAACAGGACCUGGUGGGGCGUGCGCUGAGGCUAGUGCAGACCGAAUACAGCCCGGAGCUUCUGAAGAAUGUCAGGCAGCUCUACGAGUCGCGCUUCCCCAAAACAUCUGGCUGGCUUGCGGCACGGCGUCCAGAGGGCGUCCCAGUUGCCUACUCAUCCCUCAGCCCCUCCCCCAAUGCCACCUCUCAGGGCGCAGACUACCUCAACGGCAUUUCCAAACCGAUCCCCACAGAGGUCAAGCUGGUGCCACUGCCCUUCUACCAAACUUUGGAGACACUGUUGCCACCAACAGAGCUAAUUGCCCAGAACAAUGAAAAACUGCAGGACAGUCAAUGCUUAUUUGAAUUAACACCGAACCAGGCAGACCAGAUCAGAAAUGCAAGUGAGCUUCGUCCCGGAAUCAGAUCAAUCCAAGUGGUUCUUAGAAUCUGUUACACAGACUCCAUUGGUGUCCAGGAGGACCAGUAUCCUCCAAACAUUGCUGUCAAAGUCAACCAGUCCUACUGUCAUGUGCCGGGCUAUUACCCCUCUAAUAAGCCUGGUGUCGAGCCCCGUCGUCCUUGUCGUCCUGUAAACAUCACUCCCUGGUUGCAUCUCUCCAAUGUCACCAACAGAGUCACCGUCACCUGGGGGAACUUUGGCAAGCGUUACUCUGUGGCAGUGUAUUUAGUGAGGGUUUUCACCGCAGCGGACCUCUUCAGCCAACUCAAGCUCUGCUCUGUUGAGAGUGCAGAACGCUGUCGUGAACGCAUCCAAGACAAACUACGCUUUGACCCAGAGAGUGAAAUUGCCACCACAGGCCUCCGGGUUUCUCUCAUCUGUCCAUUGGUGAAGAUGCGGCUUGGAGUGCCAUGUCGAGUUCUAACUUGUGCCCAUCUUCAGUGUUUCGACGCAGUCUUCUUCCUGCAGAUGAACGAGAAGAAGCCCACAUGGACUUGCCCCGUCUGCGACAAGCCCGCUCCGUUUGAGCUGCUCACUAUCGAUGGGCUGCUAUCUGAGAUUCUGAAGGAGACGAGUGAGGACAUCGAGGAGAUUGAGUACUUAACUGACGGCUCCUGGCGACCCAUCAGAGAUGACAAGGAGAGGGACAGGGAAAGAGAGCGCAGCAACACACCAGAGUAUCCUGUUGUUGAUAUAUGCAUUCCUGAGGCAAACGGUCACUCACCAGCCAUCCAUUCUGGAAGCAGUUCCGUGGGGAUGGCGGGAGUCACAGGAGGAGCUGCUGUGGCGCCAGGAGGAGGUGCGGUGGUAGAUCUGACUCUUGACUCCUCCUCUGAGGAGGAAGGGGGCGGGGCAGGAGGAGACAGUGAGGACACUGAGGACAGCGCUGACAGUCCCGCCCCAAAGAGGGGCCGAUACAACUACGACAAGGACCUGGUCACUGCCUACUGACCCCGCAGCUCUGUCCCCUCAUAGACUGACACACACACAGAGACAGAGAGGCAGGGGGCUAAAAACUUGAGGACAGGAACACAGUAAUCCACUAGAUGCAACCCCCCCCCAUCCCUUACGCCCAAACGUCAAAGCCUUUUAGCAGCUCUGGUUUAUAUCCAGUCAAAACAAACACACACUCAAACAUGCACUGUUAAUGAAUCUUCAAUCUAGAGUGAUUAGGAUUCCUCUUUGUACUGUACACCACUGGAAGCAACUCUCAACUCUUUUUGGCCAUCACCUUGCAGUGAAUAUCCGUACCGUCCUGCCUCUACUUACAAGACUGAAUGGAUCGUGCACCCCACCACCACCACCUCCACCACCACGACCCCCCCCUUCCUCCUCUCUCUCCAGACUAUUUCCUCUCUACCACCUCAUCUCUCUUUGUAUUUGACUUGGAACUACAGGCUCUUUUAGCCAUGGGCGUUCGAUGUGUGCGUCUCUGAUUUUUGUCACAUCCGUGAUGAACAGGCAAGUUGAAAAUGGAGGCUCCUCGGUAGUUUUUGGUGACAGGUCAAAAACAACUAACGGAAAAGAAGAGCAUGGAAAUUUUGCGGGGAGGACAAGGCAGAGAUAUCUGGAGUGUGAUGCAAAUUUGAAACCUCCCAUUGUGUUUAUUUCUUUGUUAAGAGAAUGAAUUCAAAGCUUGAAAGGGUUUUUUCAGGAAUUUAUCCUUUUUAAUUAUAAAAGGGCAGAACACAAUACUGGCCUCAAUGUGUGAUGCUUUCCAUUUUUAUUUUGUCCUUAGCUAAAGAGAACCUACCUCAGUCAUAUAAACUUAGCAGACUGACCAGAGAGUAGCUUAGAAAGAGGUGGAGGACAGAAGAAUUGACGAGUUUUUCUGAAGCCAAUUUUACACUGGAGAUUUUGUUGUCCUACAUUUUUCUUUGUUUUAUUUUUUUUUUAAUUCCAUCGUUCCAUGCAGCUCUGUUCCCUCUGCAGCAACAAAAUCUUUGUCGAAGGGCGAGAUAGUUUGCAGUUCACCAAGAUGACUGUAGGUGUCAGUGAUGUAAAAAGUUGUGGGUGUAGCUGUGCCACUCCGUAAAACAACUGCAGUUACUGCGCUGUAAAACGAUUCAUCAGGAGUGAUUAUAUCAGCAUCGCAUAUUGACGUAACUCAUCAGAAUUACUGUGCGGCAGCCGUGUCAAAGCGGAUUUCUUUUAAGGAUUCACUGACAGGAAGUGGUUGUGAGAUUUUGGUGCCUUUUUUUUUUUGUUGAGUGGUGAAAAUUGGAGCCCAUUGUUUUAAGGCUAGCUGAGCUGGCCAGCAGGUGAAACCCCAGUCUGAGGGAAGGUGUUUAUUUCAUUGAGGAUUUAGAUGUUUUUCUGGUUGGAGAAAUGGGUGUAGAGGCAGAAUAAAAUCUGUGGUUAAGUACAGUUAUGGACAUUUUUCAACAUGUUGAUGUCCUCCUAUGAAAGUAUCAUAUUUAUUUAAUUGCUUCACAUUUUCUUAACAGUUUGUAAUGAAUCUACAUAAUAUUUAGCGAUUGUUCUGUACAGACGGGAGCUAUUGGUUGUAGAAAGCAGGACCCCUCUGCUGCUGCGGUUUGCGUUAUAAUUGGCUCACGGCUGUGCUGUUGAUGAACGCUGCUUUUCUUUUCCUCUGAAUGAAUCCGACCUGGGUCAAAGCGCCAUUCAGGGUACUUUGCCACGGUGGGUUCAACAUGUCUGACACAACGAAACUUAAUGAAGUGUCAAUAAGUGCAAGCCCACCACGCUUAAAGUCAUUGAUUAGAUUACAAACGGUCUUGUCUGGAACAAGUGGAGCUGCUUCAACCAACAAUCCCCUCGGCCUCCUUUCAAUGUAGAUAAGGUCACAUCUAUUUGCUGGAAUAGAAUUGGACUUUUAAUUGCUACAUGCUGUAGGCUUACAACUAAUAUUCCUCCGCACCUGCACUAGUAUUGUGAGUAUGCGAUGGCUGCUCCUCAGAGAAGGAUACUCGGGCUGCAUGUGCAGGCUUGUGUCUGAAGGAAGGUCAUCAGUGUUUGCUUGAAGAUGAGAAACGAUGUUGCCGUGUUGCUAGAGCUGUUUGCACUUUCAUGCCAAUACUUCAUCCCCAGUUUAAGGCUUAUUUGUAUAAAGCCAUCAUGUAGUGAGUAUUACGUAAGGAUCCCUGACCAUCUCAUGCCUGGGAAUUAGAAAAUGUGAAACUAGAAAAGCGUCUGCUCCACUGUGAGACACACAAGGGGGUGAGCAGUGACACAGAUGAGCUCUGCAUUGUAUGUUUCCCUCUCUCAUCAUCCAUUUGUUCACGGUUUGAUCAGCACAGGAUCUGGGUUUGUUUUUUGUUUUUUUACCUUGCUGGUAAGCACCGAUAAAUGACAUUUACACAUUGAUCUGGGGCCUCGUUGUUGCAAGUGCAUCAUCCGAUAAGGUUGAUGAUUGGAUAAAUAGGUUGAGUAAAAUCUGGUCUUCCAUUUUCCUCCUUCUUUUGACACUUUGACAUAGUUUACAUAAUCAAUAUAUACUGUUGAAAAAUGUUUGAUAAUCCACGCAAAAUUGAUCGAUGGCACUUUGCCUGUAAUACAUCAGAGUCUGUCCCUGAAAAGGAUAUUCUGUAUAAGGCGCUUUGAAGCAAAAUAAUGUAAAGAACUCUAAUACCUGUCUUUGACUAGGCAAUUUGUAUUUGUAAGUAACUGCUAUACAUAUAAAAAAUGACAAUGUUCAUUUGUUGAUAGGUAUAGACGGUCAUUAUUUGAACGGAUCUCUUUGAGCUUUUCUUUGCCUUAUGGUUAAAGAUGAGAGGUGGUGCAGGUUGCGUCUGUGGAGCUGAGCCAGAUAACGUUUGCAGGUUGUUUGGGAGCUGGAGAGAGCUGAGGGUCUGGUCUUUUUGUAGUGGCAUCUCUUCUUAUAAUAAUGCAUAAGGUAGCAUGGGCAGAGGCUUACAAUCCAUGAUGUAAAUGUUUUGUUUGUUGUGUUUUUUAUAUGUUCAUAUUAAAAGACAAUAAAAUUUAAAUAAUAUUUUA